GUAAAAUCCCUAAUCUUAAUCCUGAUGAAUGUUGUGAACAAUGUGGAGCCUCUUGUAUAGUUUAUAAAACCAAAACUUCUUACACUAUCAAGAGAAAGAGAGAAUUCAGAGAAGCCAAUCAGCAAACUUGCCCUCAAUGUAAGAAAAGAGAAUUCCCCCAUAUGAAAAGAGAACAAGCCCAACGAUUAACUCAAGUAGAAAUGUUCCCCCCUGAAUUGAAUGUAGAACUUAACCCAACUCCUUCCAAUUCUAAAUAUUCUCGUGAACUACAACAAAGAUUAAAUAAUCAAUCUAAUUUAACACCUGAAGAACGACAACAAUCUAACUAUCUAAGGAAUUUACAACAAAAUACCUUACAGAAUGCUGAGAAUAGUUACAAAAACAAAUAUGGAAGUUUAGUAGAAGAUAAACCAAAAGGCUCUGAUAACAAAGGCAAAGGAAUAGAAGAAAGCCGAGUAAAAAAUACUAAAAGUAUGAAUAAUCGACAAAUAAUCAAUUACAUAAAAGUUAGAGAAGCGUGGAGGGAUGCUCUUCGUGCUAAAUCAAAUGCCUUAUCCUCAAUUUGGAGUGGCUUAUUCAGAUUUGGUUCUUUUUUGGCUUAUUAUGCCUUAGAAAAAUAUUUUCUCCAUGAAGAAAUUGCUAAACUUUAUGAACAUAAUCCUAACUAUAAAUACAUUUUCUACCUCUCUUUAGCGUUUGGA